AUGAAGUUGUCAAACCAGUCAGAGGUCCCGGUAUAUACCAUCUCUGGCUCAAAUACCGCGCGACCACUUCCAGAAUGGCUUGCUAGACGCCGAAAGCGCAGCUUGAAAGAUGAUCCCGAGUAUGCGAACCGGGUGGAACUGCUUCAAGACUUUGAGUUUGAGGAAGCCAGCCAGUGCGUCCGUGUCAGUGAGGAUGGGCAAUGGGUCAUGAGCACAGGCACCUACAAGCCACAAAUUCAUACACAUUACCUCCCACAGCUAUCGCUGUCGUGGGCACGACACACGGUUGCUCUGAAUACGACUUUCAUUCUUCUCUCCUCCGAUUAUACCAAAAUUCCAUACACCGUCCGGAUGCCACUAUACCACCCGCCUCCUCGAUACGGACGUGACCUUGUCUAUGACCGGCAAUCGACCGAGGCUCUGAUUCCUUCAGUCGGUGUGAAUCGAGAUGGACUCGGUGAAGUUUUCCGGUUAAACCUUGAGCUUGGACGAUAUAUGCGCAGUUUUGAAAUCGACGUUGGUGGUGAUGACUUUACUUCUUCUGGAGCUGGCACUUUGCAAGGAGGCAUCAACACCGGAGCUGUCAAUACCGCUGCUAUUGCGGAGGAAAGCCAUGGUCUGCUGGCAUUUGGUACUACUAUGGGGACAGUUGAGCUGUGGGACCCAAGAGCCAAGGGCCGCGCGGGCAUUCUAUCACCACCCACUCAGGCUGGCCCAGAGGAAGGGCGAACAGAGAUUACUGCUUUGGAGUUCCACCGCUCUGGCUUGACGAUGGGAACCGGUUCUUCAAAUGGUCUUAUUCACCUCUACGACCUUCGGUCUCCGGUUCCUCUCCUCAAGAAGGACCAAGGCUACGGCUUCCCCGUGCACACGCUCAAAUUCCUCCAGCCUUCGACCGAAUCCCGAGAGGCGACUAUGGACCCCAAAAUCAUGUCUGCGGACAAGCGUAUCAUCAAGAUCUGGGAUCCUCGCGACGGUAGCCCAUGGACUUCAGUGGAGCCUGCGGUUGAUAUCAACUCUGUAGCAUGGUGCAAAGACAGCGGAAUGCUGCUUACGGCUAACGAGGGACGCCAACAGCACUCGUUCUUCAUUCCUCAACUGGGCCCAGCCCCGAAGUGGUGCUCAUUCUUGGAUAACCUCGUGGAAGAGAUGGCAGAGGACCCUAACGAUCCCAAUGCCUUUACCAGUGCCCAGGCUGGCGCUGUCUACGACAACUACAAGUUCUUGUCUGUUCCUCAGCUUCGUACGCUCAACCUCGAACACCUUAUUGGACGCACUAAUCUCCUGCGCCCGUACAUGCACGGUUACUUCGUUGCUCAGCGUCUCUACGAAGAGGCACGCUUGAUCACUAACCCGUACAUCUGGGAAGAGGAGCGCGCCAAGCGAGAACGCGAGAGCCGCAUCCGCGGCAAGAAGAAGGCCGCUGUCAAGGUCAACAAGAAGCUGGCCGAGAGGCUCAUGGAAGCCGAGGAGAAGAACGAGCGCCGAAAAGCCCAGCGUGUCCUGGCCCGUGGCGGCGAUGAGGAAAUGGCCGACGCAACCCCGGCCUCCGACGAGAAGAAGAAGAGCGGAGUGCUUCACGACAGCCGUUUCGCCAAACUGUUCGAAGACGAAGAUUUUGCAGUCGACGAAACCUCUCGCGAGUUCCAGCUCGUCAACCCCAGUACCGUGCCCGAGCGCAGUGAACGAAAGGAACGCGGCCUCACGGCCGUCGAACAAGAAGCAGUCGACGAUGUCCCCUCUAGCGGAGAAUCGGAUUCCGAAAGCGAGCAAGAGAGGAGGCCCAAGGAGAAGCGAUCUAAUAAAAUCUCCUCAGCAGACUACAAGCGAACCAAGCGUCCUCCACCACGCAUGGAAGUCUCAUCUUCGGCGCGCACAGGCUCGGCUCGAGACCGUUCUUUCGGUUCUCGUGCGCAGAACAUGAAGCCGAAAGAAAGAGCGGUCCGACAGAGCGGCGUUACUGGCGCCAGAGAGGUCAGCUUCAUGCCUGCUGGCAAAUCCAAGCGCCAAGAGCCUGAGGUGAAAUAUGAUAAGACAGAGUUCCGCUCAAAGGAACGCCGUAGUGCGUCUGGUAACGCUUUCCGGAGAAUGUAG